UCAGUUCCAUACACACCCUCCGCAGUGAUGUCCGGCGAUCCUGCGGGCGAGCGGCGGUCUACCGGCGGCGUAUAGAGCGUUGCUUGGGGUGGGGAAGAGGAGGCAGGAACCGCAAUAAAUGCGACUCGUGGUAAAGAAAGGGUUCCUCCUUCGUUCUUUAGGCUAGAGAAAGAGAGAGAGAGAGAAAGAGAGGAAGACUGCAGAACGGGGAUGUGAUGCAUUAGUCCCCUCUCCUCCCUCUUCCUCCUCCUCUUUGGCUUCUCCACCGAGAGAAGCCUGAAGAUGCGCACAGCACACCACCUUCAAGCGACCUCGUUUGUACGCGCUUGACAGUUCGUGCUCAUGAGCCUGCUCGGAGGCUACAAGAAACGGAGCGGUUAUGAUGGUUAUGAAUCUUUGCAGUUGGUCGAUAGCGGAGGAGGCGGCCGAGACUUCAGCAGCAGCGGCGGCGGAGGAGGAGGAGGUGGUGGUGGUGGAGGAGGAGGAGGUGCUGGUGUUGGUGCUGGAGGUGCAGGAGGAGGAGGAGGAGGAGGUCUUGCAGCAGUGACCCUCAGCUCCAAGGCGCGACUGGACCACUGCAGCAUCAUGGAUGGCUCAGAUAUGGAUGGGAACUAUGGGGGUGGACUGCUGGACAUGGUUAAAGGAGGUGCUGGAAAGUUCUUCAGCAACUUCAAGGACAACCUGAAGGACACCAUCAAGGACACUUCCACAAAGGUUAUGAAUCAAGUGGCCACUUACACCAAAGGAGAACUGGACAUUGUCUACAUCACCUCACGUAUCAUAGUGAUGUCAUAUCCUGCAGAGACUGUGGAGCUGGGCUACAGGAACCACGUGGAGGAUAUCCGCUCUUUCCUGGACUCGCGGCACGCUGAUCAUUACACGGUUUUCAACCUGUCCCAGAGGAACUACCGUGGAGCCAAGUUUUCCAACAGGGUGUCCGAAUGCAACUGGCCAUCCAGACAAGCCCCAAGUCUUCACAACCUGUUUGCUGUGUGUAAGAACAUGCACAACUGGCUCAAGCAGAACCCCAAGAACGUCUGUGUGAUUACAUGCUCGGAUGGCAGGGGUCCUUCUGGGGUGCUGGUCUGUGCCAUGUUCUGCUUCUGCCACCUUUUCACUAACCCGGUUAAUGCCAUGCAACUGCUCAGCGCCAAGAAACCCGGACAAGGCCUGUGGCCCUCACACCGGAGGUACAUAGGCUACGUGUGUAGCAUGGUUUCAGAGAAGCCCAUAUUGCCCCACUCCAAACCGCUGGUAAUCAAAACCGUCACAGUGAAUCCCAUACCCUGCUUCAACAAACAGCGCAGUGGCUGUCGACCUUUUUGUGACGUCCUGAUUGGCGAGACAAAGAUCUUCUCCACAGCACAGGAGUAUGAGAGGAUGAGGGAGUACAGGGUACACGAGGGAAAGGUAAUCUUUAAGCUGGGAGUGAGUGUCCAAGGUGACGUUGUGAUCUCAGCCUACCACAUGCGCUCCCAUGCACUACAAGCCAAGGUGACCAACACACAGAUAUUCCAGAUUCAGUUUCAUACAGGCUUCAUUGCCCCCGGCACAACAGUCUUAAAGUUUAUGAAGUCAGAGCUAGAUGCAUGUGAUUCUCCAGACAAGUAUCCUCAGCUGUUCCAAGUGCUACUGGAAAUCGAGGUGGAGAACAUGGAAAAGCAGAAAGAUCUCACGCCACCCUGGGAACAGUUUCCCACUAAAGACCUGAGCCCAAACGUGCUGUUUUCCUGCCACCAGGAACACAAGGAUGCUCUCGCUGUUACAGAUCCAGCUCAGGUCCAAGGGGCCCCGGGUGGGCGUGUAGGCCCGAAUGAGGAGAGCGAGCCCUCGGAUGAUGAUAUGCUCUCGCUGUCCAGUCAACAGAGCGGCGGCAGCGGCGAGAAAGCCAAAGGGGCCAGUAAAGUCGAGCCUCAGUCUGCUGUUCCCCCUCGACCCGCUGUGGAUGUUGACCUCCUGGGACUGGAUGGAGGUGACAUUCCUCCUCCUCCAACAUCCCCACAGCCUCCUACCACCACUACCACCGACCUGCUGGGAGAUCUGUUUGGAGGCUCUCAGUUAUCCAGUGGCCCCACAUCUGCCCAAUCUACUCCAAAAAGGACGACAUCCUCGAGCUCACCUUGCCCCUCGCCUAGACCUGCAGACAGUUUUGACCCGUUCGGGUCGGCGCCAUCUGCCACAAAGCCUCAAGACUUUAUAGGGGCCUUCCUGGGACCAGGCUGCAGCUCACCCGUGCCCCCCACUACACCCACCGUAAACAUCUCGCAGCAGAGCGAUAUGGGAGGAGGAUGGGAUUGGGACAGACCAGCUCCCCCUGCAGGUGGUAGUUUUGCUGUAGGCAGUAAAUCAGCAGGUACGAGUCCCACUAGCUCUCUACACAACACUCCUACACACCAGGCCAAACCGAACACUCUGGAUCCUUUUGCUGACCUCGGCAACCUGGGAGCCGGUUUGGGAGGAGGAUCAGGAUUCUCCAGUAAGCCCACCACUCCAACUGGUACAGGAGGAGGAUUUCCUCCUAUGAGUUCCCCACAGAGACCCAAUGCCUCCCCCCAACACACCACAGCAGGCUGGCAGUCUGGCACGGCAUUCCCCUUAUGGCAGGCUGGAGGUCCGGGCCAGUGGCAGCCACAGGCCCAAGCCAAAGCCCCCGGACCUUCCAUGACACACGGCUCUCCUCAGAAUAGGCCCAACUACAACGUCAGCUUCUCCGGCAUAGGUGGAACAGCGCCAGCCGGGAAAGCACAGCCUAGCAUCGGUACCAAACCGAGGGUUGCUCAUGCUGAUUUUGAUGACCUGCUUUCUGCCCAAGGCUUUACUGGCAGUAAGGAAAAGAAGGGCAGAAAGACUAUAGCAGAGAUGAGGAAAGAGGAGAUGGCAAAGGAGAUGGACCCAGAAAAAAUCAAGAUCCUGGACUGGAUCGAGGGGAAGGAGCGUAACAUUCGCGCUCUGCUCUCCACCAUGCACACGGUGCUGUGGGAGGGAGAGAGUCGCUGGAAACCCAUCAACAUGGCUGACCUGGUUACUCCUGAACAGGUGAAGAAGGUCUACCGCAGGGCUGUGCUGGUCGUCCACCCCGACAAGGCAACUGGACAGCCCUAUGAACAAUACGCCAAGAUGAUAUUCAUGGAACUAAACGAUGCGUGGUCGGAGUUUGAAAGCCAAGGACAAAAAGCUCUUUACUGAGACUCGCUGCACUGAGCCACUCCCGAUUAGAAAGGCACGAGACGACGGGCACGUUCAUCAGAACCCCCCUUCGAUGUUCUCCUCUUUCUCCUACAUCCUGCUCCGUACACUGCACACACUACAGCGUUCGUCUGCAUACUGUGGCUCUGUGUGUCUGUAACGACGUACCUAAAUGGUCUAAGAGCUAAAAUUUAUACCAUUUCUCCCAUUGAAUACAGUAUUUCACAUUAUUUUUUUUGGGUAGUUGGCUAGUGCAGCACCCAACCGACUUGCCACACAUUAAACAAAUCGAAGUUGUAUAUAAUGGUGUAGACCAUGUGCAGGUCUGAGAUGACACUAAAGCGUGGCCUUAUCGAUACUUGAGAGAUGAGAACAGAGGUCAAAAGUUAGAACAUAAGAAAAACACUGACAGCAUACAGGAAAAAAUACUACCGUUUCACACGUCCGCACUUUGUGGACUGAUAGUAGGGUUUUGAAACCGAAGCGCGGGGAUGAAAAGCACAGAAAUCAAAAGAGACUAGACGAGUUUUGUACAUGCAGCUAGAUUUACCGACAUGUUUAACUACGUAAAGGUCUAGGAGUUGAAUUUUUUUUUCCACUGACUACUGGUGCACCUACUGGUGUGUAUGAAAUGUGCUGCACUGUAUUUUAUGUUGUAUUGUUUACAGAAGUAGUCUUAAGACAAAAAACGGUUUAUUUACAGCAUAGAGUCGAAACCAAGAAUUAGCUACUAAAACUAUUCCUACUGAAAUAACGGAAUAAACGUAUCGUAUCGCGGCGUGCGCUCGAUUCAUCGUGACAGGCGACUAGUAAAACUUUAACACUGGAUAAACGACAUUUAUUAACAUGUUAAAUAGAAAUGGGGUAGUACAGACGUUAGGGUGCUUGAUUGAAAAAUCACUUUAACAUUACAAAAGUAAAAUUGACACUAAAUAUUGGUGCCCUUUCAAAAUUCAUUGAAUAAUUUUCAUCUGUUUUAAUUUGCAUUAUUGUUGAGAAAUAAUGAACGAAGGUAUAUAAAGAGUCAAAUAUUAAUUAAUGACACCCAUUUGUUGUUUUGGCUUUAUUCAAAUCUGUUAUUCCGAAGUUUUAAGAUGAAAUAAUGUGACUAGAGUUCCAGCAUAUUUAAUGGGAUGAUCUCUUCUAAUUCAUAUUGUGAUAGUAAUGAACCUCUGUUGAGACACUUUGGCUUGACAAAAUGUUCUGACUGAAUUAAAAUGUGUGUGUGUGUGUGUGUGUGUGUGUGUGUGUGUGUGUGUGUGUAAGUGUGCAUUGAUGUCUAUAAUUCUAUAAUUGCUGUGUUGAGGAAUGUGAAGGACAGAAUCUGCAUUGCUUCUUUUGCCAUAGAGAUCUUUCAGUUUGAUUUCUCAUAUCAUGUAAAGAAGACCUCAUUGGUUCAGGUCGAACUCUACAAUAGUCGGAUUGCUUCAGUAAAUCGUAACACAGUCCAGAUGUAAUGACUUUGAAAUGUUGGACAGCCACAAACCUGAUCUGCCUUUUUUCAAUCGGUAAAUUUGCACUGAACUGGCACUCGUAACUAUGAUAAACGUUAGACACGUGCAUACCCACAUACCUAUUGCUCAUCAUUUUUAGGGCUCUGUGAGAAAAACUGGAUCUUGCUGUUGACAUUUAGGACACUUUUAAAUCUUUCAGUCGACCGCCUCUCCGUCUCUGCAAAAGGACUUCCCUGAAUGCGUUCUUAAAAUAUCAAACACCGAUAGCUGGAUCCCUGCAUCUGGAAUCAUACAUUCCUCUUCCCGCAACUGCUGUGGACUGAAUGAUGCCACCUCAAGGCUGUCCUGGUGUUCUGAAGCUAAUCUGUAUACAGUAGUGAACGUGUGGUGUUACCAAUAAUACUGUACUAUGUGAGAAGGUGGUUUGGAUACAGCUGUGUGUUUGCCUGUCUGCUGUUUCACCUUUACUGAAAUGUGAACUUUACUUUUACGUGUUCCCUCCUUUGGUUUUACUCGUUAAAAAAAAAAUAAGAAAGUGAGCUGCACAAAUAAAUGGGCAAGAGAGUACA